GGGAAGCGCACACGAUCACGCUGACAUAGAACGAUCUGUGGAAACGGCUUUUUUUCUGAAGCCGGGCGUUAAGAGUUGGAACCGUUUUGGGUCGCCUAAAUGUGUGUGUGUGUUUGUUUAACUGCUCCAGUUGAGCAUGCGGGGGAAGAAGGGAAGGUUAAUUUUUCGCAACAAAUUUUAGCAUCGCAACGGUAUGCGUCGCGCCACUUGUGCUCGAUCGUUCGUGGCGUGCGGUAGUGCACGGUCAGUCCUGCUGGGGAAGACUCGCUCGCUCGUUCGCUCGCUGAUCUCGCCGUGUUCGUCCAAUUCUUCUACACUCGUCCAUCAUGGUGUCUGCCGGGGAGUAUCUACGGACGCUGGCAGUGUUGGCCGCCAUCAGCUCGCUGCGAUUAGUCGGCGGUGCGCCGAUGCGUGACAUCAGUGAUGGCGGAGGAUGUAGGCGGAGUGCAGUGACAGAACUACCCGCGUGCAUCGGUACUUCGAUUCAGCACUUUGUCAACUUUCUGUCCAGUGGGAAGCUGUCGCCGCGCCACACAAUCACCCCGUUCGAUCCGCUGCUACUGCCCAACAUGACCAUUGGCCAGGCUGUCUACGUGAACCGAUACCUCGUAGGGUUGAAGAAUGCUUUCAUCCAGAAUGUGAGAGUGGACAUGGAAAAGCUAGAGUUUAACGUGACCGCCCUGAUGCCCGCACUCGAGAUGCUGGGCAUGUUCUCGAUGGAAACGGUCAACGAUCGGCAUUCGGUGACGGACCACUCCAUCCUCACCUUCUCCAUUCGCAACACAGCGGUAACGUUUGUCGGGAAAGGCACCCUGUACACCGCAACCAGUGGGACUAGUGGCACGGUGGGCAAGUACCUACGGCUACACCUUACCAUCCCACAGAUGGUGAUCGGUGGCAGCAGUCUGGCGGACAGCGAUCGCCACCUAACGGACGCCAGCCGGACGGUUGCAGCGGCCAAACUGAAGCGCCUGAUCGAGAAGGACCUUCGGCUGCAGCUGGCCAAGCGAAUACAGUGCGUCGCGAAUGAGGCGCUCGCGGUGACACCCUUCAUCAAACUCUUCCCCGUUUGACCGCGUGCGUGGGGUAGGAGGAGAACAUGUCCGUGAAGGGGUUGGUGGGUGGGGGUGGCGGACACAUCAAGACUUUGCCUGUGGUUUUGCCUGUUUUAUUGUAUGUUUAAGUUGCAGCAGGGGAUGGGGAGGGUUGUGUUGUGGAUGAAAUAAAAUGUUUUAAUUGUGUGUGUAUGUGUA